CUGUCAUCGCGCGCGAGAAACUUCUGCUGUGUGUUAAACUCAUGCCCUUCUCCCAGAGCUGAAGUCUUAGCGGAGCUUCUCCCUUUGAUUUGUUUACGCGGAGCACCACGUGGGAUGCAAGUUCCCAGAGGCAUGGCUCCGAAAGGCAAAUGGGUCCCGAAAGCAGACUAUGGCGGCGUGGGCAGGACAAGUGUGCCUUCAAGGAAGGCUGCUGGACUUGGAAGCGGGACGGGGAAUUUCUCUAAAAGAAAAGUUGUUUUGAUUUUCAUCCCGGGAGGGAACUUGUUUGUGGCCGACCACUAAGACUUGUGGGAGGCUCCAGAUGUUGCUGCAGGAGCACAGCCCAGCCCAGUGGUUUGUUGGUGUGAUGCCACCCCUCUUGACGCUGCCCUUCAGGCGUCUCGUCUGGUCCCUGGCCUCCAGUCAGCUGGCUCCCAGAAGACACAGAGGACAUAGCCUCCUGCAUACAGCUCCAGAGGCCCGCCCAGAUGGGAAUGCCCCAGUGUUCAUCCGCGCCCUGGCCUUUGGGGACAGGAUUGCCCUUAUUGACAAAUAUGGCCGUCACACCUACAGGGAGCUUUAUGACCGCAGCCUUUGCCUGGCCCAGGAGAUCUGCAGGCUUCAGGGUUGUAAGGUUGGGGACCUCCAGGAGGAGAGGAUUUCCUUCCUGUGCUCCAAUGAUGUCUCCUAUGUUGUAGCUCAGUGGGCCUCCUGGAUGAGUGGUGGGAUUGCCGUCCCACUCUACUGGAAGCACCCUGAGGCCCAGCUGGAGUAUUUCAUCCAGGACUCCCGGAGCUCUGUGCUCGUGGUUGGCCAGGAGCACCUGGAGCGGCUAAGUCCAGUGGCCCAGAGGCUGGGAGUCCCGCUUCUGCCCCUCACGCCUGCCAUCUGCCAUGGAGCAGCCGAGCAGCUGGUCCAAGAGAGGGAUUGGCGUGACCGGGGUGCUAUGAUCUUCUACACCAGUGGGACCACAGGGAAGCCCAAGGGUGCCCUGAGCACCCACCGUAACUUAGCAGCUGUGGUGACUGGGCUGGUCCAUACAUGGGCAUGGACAAAACAUGACACGAUCCUUCAUGUCCUCCCUCUGCACCACGUCCACGGCGUGGUCAACAAGCUGCUCUGUCCACUCUGGGUAGGAGCCACCUGUGUGAUGCUGCCGGAGUUCAGUGCUCAGCAGGUUUGGGAAAAGUUCUUGAGUUCAGAAGCUCCACGGAUUAAUGUAUUUAUGGCAGUGCCCACGAUCUACAGCAAACUUCUAGAUUACUAUGACAAGCAUUUCACACAGCCCCGUGUCCAGGAUUUCGUGCGUGCAGUUUGUGAAGAAAAGAUCAGGCUGAUGGUGUCAGGUUCGGCUGCCCUGCCCGUCCCCCUGCUGGAGAAGUGGAAGAAUGCCACGGGCCACACGCUACUGGAGCGCUAUGGCAUGACGGAGAUUGGCAUGGCCCUGUCCAACCCCCUGACGGAGGCUCGCCUGCCAGGUUCUGUGGGGACCCCACUGCCAGGAGUGGAGGUACGCAUCGUCUCAGAAAACCCGCAGAAGGGUUCUCCCUACAUCAUCCACGCAGAGGGAAACGAGAAGGAGACAAAGGUGACCCCAGGAUUCGAGGAAAAGGAAGGAGAGCUGCUAGUUAGGGGACCCUCUGUGUUCCGAGAAUACUGGGAUAAACCAGAAGAAACGAAAAAUGCUUUCACUUCAGAUGGCUGGUUCCGAACAGGAGACACCGCUGUGUUCAAGGAUGAUAGGUACUGGAUCCGAGGGCGUACGUCAGUGGACAUCAUCAAGACUGGAGGCUAUAAAGUCAGCGCCCUGGAGAUUGAGCGGCACCUGCUGGCCCACCCCAGCAUCACAGCACACAGGAUCCUGAUGGCAACCCCGGGCUGCUGCCCGCUAUUCCAGAGGGGCCCACAGACCUGGCCAGAACAUACACCUGCUCUGCAGAUCAAGCAAGAGCAGGCUGAGCCCCUGGAGACGCCGCCCCACUCCCAUGAGGGACACUCCCAAGGUCUUGCUCCAGAUGUGGCUGUGAUUGGAGUUCCGGAUAUGACAUGGGGCCAGCGGGUCACGGCUGUAGUGGCCCUUCAAGAAGGACACGCACUGUCGCACAGGGAUCUCAAGGAGUGGGCCAGGACUAUUUUUGGCUGCCCAACAAGACUUCACAAACAGCAGGAGUCCUUGUUUCAUCAGGGGCCGCACAGCUGGGCAAUUACCGAUUCCCCUGGAUUUGCAAAAUCACAGUUGGAGCCUCUAUGGCUUAGCAGAGGCAACAGUCUGCUUGGCCGCUUGCUCGCUGGCUGCUUUGAUUAAACAAUUACUUUCUUGAGAAGAAAAACACCCAGGCAUCCUCUGCUGAGAGCCACAGUGGUUGCUGGGUGGAGGUCCUACCCUGGCCUGGAUUCCUUAGGCCAUGGCCCGUGUCCAUGAGUGCUUCCCCUCGUGGCCUGUCUCUAAGCUUCGAGUUGGGCUCCUUGCUUGGGUGUUCAUGUUGAGUAUAAGAAGACCCUGAGGUUUGGAGCAUCCUGGGUGUUGUGGCUGUGUACAACAGGACAAUGCAAGAAAGACGGUCAGACAUGGGCAGAGCCAAGUUGCAGACUGCCCACAGGGAAUUGCCUGCCCCUCAGAUGUCGCCCCCACAGUGGGAAGCCUCCCCACACGUUGUUUCUUGGGGAGGGGUCCUGAGGAGAUAGCCCCACUUUUAACCCCCACACCUACCCACUCCCCAGAGAACAGUGUCUAAGCCUCCUCCAAGUGCCUCCUGCAAGGGAAGGCUGGCCUGCCACUGGCAGAGGCCUUGAGGCCCGGGUGUUCCUCUCCCUCAUGUGGUGUCCUGGCCAUGCCUGGUGGGUGCUGCUUGCUGCUGGUGACCCACACUUUCUCCCCUGGAGCCCUGCUUGCCAUGCCGUCUCAGGACACAGUGCUGGGCUGUCCAGUUACCACUAAAGAGAGGCAGGUGGGGAGGAGAGACAGGAGUGCUCCUCCUGAAGUUCCAGAAAGAGACAGUGUCUGGAGAGGGAACUAACGGAGCACCAGGGUUUCUCCGUAUUGAUUGAAAGGGAGAGUUGGGCACAGUGGCUCACACCUGUGAUUUAGACAUUGAGGUAACAGAUGUGGGAGUGUGAAGCGUUCAACCCGGUCUUGGCUACAUAGCAAGUUCAAGGCCAGCCUGAGCUGUGAGAUGAGAGAGAUUCAGGAGGAAGCAGAGAGAACCCAGGUGUCGCUGUUAUCCACAGAGUGGGACCUCACAGCAGCCCAGUUUUCUUGAGGAGGUGCCUCACAGCCUCAAGUGUGUCCUUGGAUCUGGUAGUGCCAGAGCUGACCCAAAGCCAGAGGCUGAAGAGCUGUGUCUGGGAAGCUGAGUUCCCAGCUGAAAACUUUACCACAAAGCAAACGCCAGGCCCAGAAGGCUCUGUCAGCAAAUGAUACUGAGCACCUCGGGGGACAUGCCACAAAGUGCAUACAAGUCCUUUCCGGUGGGGAGGGACACUCCCAGCUGACUUCAUGGGACCCACGACCCUGCUACCAAAACCAGACAAGAAGCCCAGACCAGUUUCCUGUCAGACAGACACAAAAUGCUUAACCAAAUGCUGGAAAUUAGGUCCUAUUCACAAAAGAGCCAACACAUCAUGAUCGUGUGGCACUUAUACCCGAAGUGUGAGGUUAAACAUUCAGACGCCCGUCCGCGUGGCGUGCCGUGUUUACAGAGGGAAAGCCGUGCAGUCUUUUCAGUUGACACGGAAAGAACGUCUCCAGAUCCCAGUGCCACUUGCAGGAAUUCGCAGCAGCACCAGAGAGGAGACGUUCCUGAGCUGAGGAAGGGGUUCGGAGGACCACCAGCAGUCGACUGGACCUUUCCUCCCGUGUUCAGGGCAAGCGUCCCCACCGCCUCUUCCCAGUCCCACGCAGACACACAGUUAUCCAGACGCUAACGUGUCUGUUACUUGGGAUGGGGCCAGAAGUCCAGCCCGUGGUUGUGCUGUGCCUCCCUGUCUGGUACCGGGUGCCAGCUGGCCACUUCAGCCCAUGGUAGAGGUUUGUACCCAGUCCCCACGUGACACUGCACACUGGACCUCCCUGUAAAAAGCUGCCCAGUUUCUACAUAGAAAUACACAGGCCAGGCAGGCAGGACAAACGGAGAAAGACGGGAUGCCAGGAAGCAGAGCAGGACCAGAAGCCACACAGAGGGGAGAUGGGCCCCUGCGAGGCCUGGGAUCCCUUCCUUGUGGGGUCUCCAAAAGGAGCCCUUGGGGUGAACAUCAUAGGGAGUAAAGCCAGUCCAACCAGAAGUGGGGACACAGUCCCACAGUGGGCAGAGAAACAAGGCCCAAGUGCCACAGGGCACCUAGCUCUGCUGGGGAGUCUGAGCAGUGGCCACUGCAGGUGGCCAGAAAAGCUGUCACAUGAGUCAUGAGCAUGUGCAGGUCUGUAGUGUAAGAGCCGGUGGGGUACAGACAGGAGCACAGUGUGACACAGAAGGCCAUGAGUGGCCUACAGUCUAAAAAGCGCAUUUGAACUUAAACGGCACGUGCAACCCUGGAUGUAUCACUCACGACCCUGGGUAAAGUCAAGACCAGUUGCCUCUGGUCAGUGGAACUUGAGGGCAGCCUAGGAUUCUACUCCAGGCCUUACACACGAUCUCUGGUUGGGUUGUCCAUGUACAGGAACAGGAGAGCAUCUGCAGGAGUCACCUGUGGCUGGCCCAUGUGGCCUUUGGAGUACAUCCCUACCUCAGUGCAUCUGAGACUCUGACCAGGACUGCAGCUUUUUUCCUACCAAAAGGAAUGUCCCCUGUCUGCUGGUGGCCCAAAAGCUACUUCUCUGUAGUUAACCAUGCUUGUCACCUACGGGGGCCACUCUACUGUGCCAGAGUCACCUUUGGAGGGAACAACAAUAGGCAAGCCUGUGGUCAGUUCCCUCCAGGGCAGGACAAGACCAGGCAGGAUGAGCAGAGCAGGGGCCUCGCUGCCGCCUUCUUCCCUGGUUCCCCCCUCUCCAUGUCCACAUCCAGUCACUCUGCUGCCUCUGACCUGACUUUGCAGGCCUUGGAGCCGGAGGGAAGAGGAUGGUUCUCCCUGCAAAGGGCAAGGUGGCCUAUCCUGUUGCCACCCAACACAGAGUCAGGGUGUGAGCCCACCAUGACUGCUGGGUAUGUCAUGCCUACAUACUCCCAGGCCGGGCAGUCAUCCCAAGCUG